AUGAACCACAUCUCAAGAACAUCCAAAGCCACAACAUGCCUUUUCUUCCUCUUCAUUUUCUUGUACAUUUUUGUUCACUCAACUGUUGACCGGUCAACAACCGAUUUAUCGGCCUAUUACGCUCCGAUUUUGCCGUUUCUCGUGGCGUUUCUCCUUGCGAUUUUGGUCAUUUUUGUUGUUAUUCGGACAAUGGUCGUGGCCUCGAUAACGGUGUUGGUGCUCUUGGCCUUUUCCGGAAAGCGUCGGAAGGUUUUGGCCGAGGAAGGGAGCAAAAUCACUUCGGAUGUGGCAUUUUACUUUGUUAAGGUUGUAGUCAAGGACAAGGGUCUUGUUGCAUUUGGUUGUGCCACUAUUGUAAGUGCGAGCAUGAUGGCUUGGUUAAGAAUUAUGGGUGAUCAAGUUUAUGUAUAG